GGACCUUAGAUCAAUUAUUGAUCACUGAUCAAGUGUAUUCUCCUCGAACCUGUUGAUUAAUCGAUUAAUUGAUUAAUUGAUUAAUUGAUUAUGUCUGGGAAGUUAAAGAGAACCCCAUUGUUUGGGUAUGAUGGGAAUUUAGGUAUUCCCAUCCUUCCUCCUCUCAAACAUAAACAGGCAAGUUCCGGUCUAAGUAUGGAGGUUGGACUACCCCCACCCAAGGGGUACGCCCCUGUUGGCGUGGCACCCAAGGCGUAUUCAACCCAAGGACAGAAGAAUGGAUACGCCCCCUCCAGCCGUCCAGCUGAUCCAGCCACACCCAACAAAACGGUCAACUUUGGGCUUCCAGCAGAGAACGAGAAGAAGAGAGAGAAAUUUCUAACUGCCAAAUACGGAGCACAUCAAAUGGCACUUAUCAGAAAAAGACUGAGGGUGGAGAUGUGGAUGUAUGAUCAGUUACAAUCUCUCUACACUGAGGAGGAGGGAUUACAUGAUAUUGAGAUAGAUCUCGAUGAAGUUCUAGACAUGGAAGAUGAUAAAAUCAGGAAAACCUAUCUCCAGGAGCUGCUAACAGAUUCCACCAGACCAAUUGAUUUAGUCAAUAAGUUUGUGGAUGAUCUCCUGGAGAAAACAAAAACGCUGUAAACAGUAGCAGAUAUCAGGUCUGCUAUUUGAGAAUAGCAGACGUGCACAGCUGCUAAUUACGGACGUAAGCUGCUUAAAGGCUGCCACCAAUUUCCCACAUUGAGGAAGAAUCUGUUA